UGUUUGUGAAAGGUAAUUUUGUUCUUUUCCAGUAUUCUGUACAAAUGGACAUUAAUUUUGCCAGCACAUUCAGCAUUAAAGAAAGCCAUCGACACAUUAUUGUGUUCUAUGUGUUACAUUAAACCGGCUCUUUUUCCAACUCUGCUUCAGCGUAUGGGUGUGUUGGUACCCAACUUGGCAACACACCACAGUGCUUCCAUCUCUGAUGACAGGAAGGACCAUGAAUUGGAUGAAUUGUAUGCUUCAAUCUCGGAUGACUCAAAAGAGUUGGUUAUAGGGAAUGAACAAAGUUGUGAUAUUGGAGAAUGGUAUAAUCAUCUGAUGAUCCAGGACCUUCAUAGAAUGAGGCUGAGUGAAUGUCAGUUGAUGACCGUAGCAAUGGCGUGUCAGUCACCACCAGCUAUUCACCAGUUGUUGGAUUCAGGCUUACCAACUCUGUUGAUACAUGGUGUCCUAG